CCUUGAGUGAUACCCAUGCUGCUUUCCCCUGCACCCCUGGCCUCCUGAAGAUGCCCAGGAGAGGAGCUCUUCCUCCGUGGACACUCGUGGUGCUGCUGCAGCUGGUGCUGGUCCCAUCACAGGUGGCAGGCUGCCUCCUCAAUCCCUGCUUGGAGGUCACCCCUAACAAAGCUUUCAGAUGCACGGGACUGAACGUCUCUAGAGUUCCGGCUGAAGUCCCAAAUACCACCCAGAACUUGGAUCUUAGUUUCAGCAAUCUGAAAUCACUAGGGCCAAAUUAUUUUUCAUCAGUCCCUGAACUGCAGCUUCUGGAUCUUACAAGGUGCAACCUCCACACAAUAGAAGAUAACUCUUUUGAGGAUCUUCAUAAACUGACCAGCUUAAUUUUAACUGCCAAUUCCCUCCAGUACCUGGGGACAGCAGUCUUCUGUGGCUUAACAUCUCUGAAAAAACUAGUAUUGGUGGAAACCAACAUAGCCUCUCUGUCUGACCUACCCAUUGGACACUUGCAUAGCCUGCAGGAGCUGAAUUUGGGCCACAACCGCAUUGCUUCCUUGAAGCUUCCCAAGUAUUUCACCAACCUGACCUCUCUCAGGCACCUGAGCUUUCUCUCCAAUAAGAUUACAUAUAUCUCCAAAGGAGACCUUGAUGCCCUGAGGGAAGCGAACAGGUUCAACCUCACACUGGUGCUUUCCUUGAAUGAUAUAAAAUACAUAGAGCCAGGGUCCUUUGCAGGGAUUCACCUUGGUGAGCUGGUUCUAAGGUCCUCUUUUGAGAACUUCAUUGUGAUGCGCACUUCUCUUCAAGGUCUGACUGGUUUACAGGUCAACAGACUAAUAGUUGGAGAGUUCCGCAACAGUCAGAGACUGGUAGACUUUCAGAGCGGACUCUUGAGUGGACUGUGUCAGGUACAAAUGCAAGAGUUUGUCUUAAUCUGUUUCAGGGAUUUUGAGAAUAACACAGACACUCUUUUUAACUGCAUAGGCAACGUCUCCAGCAUUCGGUUGGUGAAUCUCGAACUUGAAGAGGUGUCAGAGGUUCCUAUGUUCUCUCAAGUGAAACAACUGGAAUGCAAGAAAUGCAAGUUUAAGGAAGUGCCUGCCAUGAAGCUGUCUCUUUUCAAGGAGCUGAGAGUGCUUCGUAUUACCAAGAGCAAAUACCUCAGUAGCUUCCAGCAGAAAUUUGAGAGUCUAAGUAACCUGGAGGUCAUAGACUUGAGUGAGAAUCGCCUCUCCUUCACUGGCUGCUGUUCCCGUAAGUUUCACAACUGUCCAAAUUUAAAACACUUGAACCUAAGCUUCAAUUCUGACAUCAGUGUGACUGGAGAUUUCACUAAUGUGAAGAAUUUGUUAUAUUUGGACUUUCAGCACACAAACUUAUUUGGUCCUGGCUCCUAUCCAGUGUUUCUAUCCCUUCAGAAACUUAUUUACCUCGAUAUUUCCCAUACCAGAACUCAUGUUAAAUCCCAGUGUACAUUUUGUGGCUUGAACUCUUUGCAAGUGCUCAAGAUGGCAGGCAACUCCUUUGAGAACAAUAAACUGGCCAACAACUUCAAAAACCUAAGUCACCUCCACAUCUUGGAUAUUUCAGGUUGCAAAUUAGUACACGUGGAUCGAAGAACAUUUGAUGCGCUCUCUGAACUAAAAGAGCUAAACAUCAGCAAUAAUAAGAUACUGAGCUUUGACCCUGUGGUCUACAAGCCCCUUCAAGCCCUCACAGCCUUGGAUUUCAGCAACAACCAGCUGAGUGUUUUGUCGGACUCAGCCCUGGAAAUCCUGCCUGAUAGUCUGGUCCUGUUAGACAUCUCUCAAAACCUGUUUGAGUGCUCUUGCACGUACCUGAACUUUCUGAAAUGGAUCAAGGAAAAGCAGGAGCUACUGCAGAACAAGGAGUUGAUGAUAUGCCACACGCCUGCAUAUGUGAAGAACGUGAGCCUGUCAAGCUUUGAUCUGUCCUCCUGCCAACUCAAUGCCAGCACAGUGUCACUCUCAGUGAUCAUGUUGCUCACUGUAGCGGCAUUCCUCUUCCUGAUUUACAAGUACUACUUCCAGCUAUACUACUCAAUGGUGCUGCUCAGUGGGUGUAAACACUCUGCAGAAAGGGGUAACACCUAUGAUGCAUUUGUCAUCCACUCCAGCAAAGACCAAGAAUGGGUGUUGAAGGAGCUGGUGGAACCCUUAGAAGGAGGAACACCUCCCUUCCAGCUUUGUCUUUUCUCCAGAGAUUUCCUACCAGGGGUACCUGUUGUCACCAAUAUCAUCCAAGAAGGUUUUCUGAGUAGCAGAAAUGUCAUCGCAGUCAUCUCUACUAACUUUCUGGAGAGCAAGUGGUGCAGCUUUGAGUUUGACAUUGCCCAGUCCUGGCAGCUUGUUGAAGGAAAGGCUGGAAUCAUCAUGAUUGUACUAGAAGAAGUGAAUAAGGCCUUGCUGAGGCAGAGGCUGGGGCUGUCCCGAUACCUGAGGAGGAACACCUAUCUGGAGUGGAAAAACAAGGAAAUAAGCAAGCACAUCUUCUGGAGGCAGCUGACAGGAGUCCUGCUAGAAGGCAAAAAAUGGAAUCACGAGGAGGUAAAGCUCAUGUGAGAGAAAGAGAGAUCACUUCCGUCCUGUCUCCCAUCCUGGCCUUUACUGAUGGCUGGUGCUCAGAAGUUGGUUCUUCUGUGGCUGUUCAGAGUUGGAGGAAGUGGAUGGAGGCACUGUAAAAGCACUACAGAAAUACCUGCCUUGCUGGUCAACCGUUCUCAAGGGAACUUGCAAGCUAAGGAGUGACAACAGCUAGAAGAGCUGCCCAUGCCUGAGCUCCAUGUUUGUCUGUAGCUGUCAACCAAAGCUGGUCCAGCAGUCCAUGCAGGUCUGGGGGGCUGGUGAAUAGAUGGAGUGCUCUUACGGUCAUUUGUCUGCCUCUGAAAGUGGAUUUGGGUCCUGGGGCCAUUUGUCCCAGGGUCUGUUGCUUUGAGUGGACCUCAGGUUCUCCAAGGGGAGAUAAAAAGUACAGGAUUCUUGGCUCUAAAAAUGGUGGGAAACAGAAACAAAAUUGGGAUCCUGAAAGUCUUGGGUCCACCUCCUUAGGCACCGUGACUCAGGGGAAAAACCCUACAGAAGGAAACGGGGUGCCCUGCAGCUGCAGACUGCAUGGCAGCUACUCAGUGAAGCUGAGCAGUUAUGUCAUCAGUGUGGGGGCAGGUUGCCAUUGGUGGGAAAUUUCCCCGAUGUGUUUAUUUCAGUUUUCUUUAGACCAAGAGCAAAUACUGAAACCCCCAAAUAUUUCCAUCACCCGGAACUCUUGUUUAUAUCCAGAUUAUAUAGCAUUUAAGAGAGUGCUUUGAGGUUUUCUUGUGGUAUCUAGAGAUCAGUGGGACUAGAAGAAGCUGCAGAAAUGCUUGAUAACUUUAAAAUCAAGAUAUUUCUUUGCUCCAACUGCUUUUCCUCGUCCAGCGUUUCUGGAUAUACUGUGUGGGGCUGCCCCAUAUGAGCAAGAUUGAGCUGGAGCAAAGUGUUUUGAUGUUUACAGCCAGCCAGUUCUAGAAGAAGCUUUUCCACUCUCUGGACCAACCUUAAUUCACUGUUGGAAGGUGCUGUAGGAGCCUUCAGCCCAUGGCUUGAAAUGGGCUUUAGAUAUGUUUGGACCUAAGAGGCUGAGAGCCCCUCUUCCUUCCUCCCAUCGUGCUGUGGCAGCCUCUGGUCCUGGUGGACAUCUCCACAUGUGUGGUCAGCCUUUCCAAGGCUUCGGCUGCUACGUGGAACAGGACAGUUACUGGGAGAGUUUUGCCUUUGAUUCACUGAGAACGUGCCUGACAUUUUGCAGGGAGAAGAGCUGGAGGAGAGAAGCCUGGGUGAGCUAAACUAACUGUAUGCCAGCACUGCCCUGAAAAAAGGGAAGGGAAGUCUAAAUGCCAUUGAAUCAUAUUACAGAGCACUCCACUGAUGUGUCGAAUAUUGAGUAGUGCUGGAGUAUUGCUCUCUAUUUACGGAAGGCUUUGGUUGGGAUUAAUCACUGAAUUAGUUUAGUUUUAAACUUGCAAAUCCUUCUAUAAUCAAUGACGUUCUACAGAGAUAAAACAGAAGCAAUUGAGUGGUGAAUCAGAUCUGAUAUUUAUUCAGAAGAAAGGGCCUGAUCCACCUCACUUUUCCAAGCACCAGUCAGCAACAUCUCCGACAGCUCCGUGGAAGCCAGUGAUAAGUGAGAUCGACAUCAGGCACUAUUUGCAAAAGAGGGAGAGCUGGUUCCAGGGCUCGUGCUGGCAAAAGCUGAAUCACGGUUCCUCUUUAUGUGCUGUGUCAGUCGUAUAUUGCGAUAACACUACCAAAAAGUCCCCACAGCCCUCUUCUCUAAGGUUUUUUUGUGACCUAUGAGAUGAAGCUUUAAUAGAACUAAGCUCCAUGCUGCGUUCACUUGCCGAGCGAGUUUGUUUUGCAUCUGCUAAGCCCUGUUGCGGGGAUUUCCAAGGCACGGCGCUCCUCACCUCCGCCGGGAUCGAUGGGCGCUGAGCGCCACGUCCCGCCAGCAGAGCUGAGUCCUCGCCCAGGGGCAGAGGCUGCUGGGGCUGGGGAGGGGGUUUAGCAAGCGAGGGCACAGCUCCAGGUUCCCUGCAUUGAGGCUAAAAGAAGAGCACGGAGGACAAAGCAAAUAUUAGCCCGGAUUUCAGCAGCUACAAGUCAAACUGGAAAACAAACGAGGAAAAAUUAAAUGGGGUGGGAGUUCCUGCUGCUGAACUGAGCAGCAUCAAAGUGACAUUCCUCCUUUCUGUCUGUGGUUCGUCUACAAACGAUUCAGCGUAUAUGUAUUUCUGGCACAAAGCAGAGAGUCCUAUGAUGCUUGAUUGUAAUUAUAAUAAUGAGUUUCAGAAAGCCUGCAAGAGGUUCUGGGCAUUAUAAUAAGGGUUUAGAACAGUAUUGUUUAAAAAACAAGUGUUUGUUGAAUAUCAAAGCAACUUUAGGAAGAGAGCUGAGGUGAUGCUGAGAGGAGGCUCCCACUUGUAUAAUUUAAAAAGAAAUCAGUCACUUGUUCUUCUCUCCCUAUUCAGAGUCUCCGCAGCAGAGAUGGAUACGUGAGUUGCCCCAAGGCUUUCUGACUGCCCGAGAGAAAGCACAAAAGCCAUCAUAGCUUCUGGAGGGGGUGAUGGGAGCGAGACGGUGCAGUGAGACAGAGACAGGGGGCUGUGGCAUUCAGAAAACAAGGGAGUUUGGAAGAGGUUCAUCCUCUGCAAGCCCCGCAGUCACUGUCACCCCUGCUUCCCUCCACGCAUUUAGAUUUCACUUGGCCUCAGCAGUAGUUGGUGCUUUGAAGCCACAAGCUGAUUUCUUUUAUUACUGAGACCUUCAGGAACAGAACAGGGAUAUGUUUGGUUUUUUUGCUGCGUGGCACAAGGAGGCUCAGGAGGACAGGCUGGCUGGUGACACGGACACCCGCCAAUGGGACCUGGGUGCCAGGCACAGCCGUGUGCUGUAAACGUCCAUCCUCUGCUGGGCGAGCGGCUCCCAGCCCUCCCUCAGGGGGCAUUAACCUGCCCCCCCGCCACUGCCCGUCUUCCAUGCUUUGUGCUCUCUGAGUCUUGGGGGAAAAGGACUGUGUGAACAAUUACAUUUUCACAAUUUUCCCAGCGGAGGAAACAUAGAUUUGGUUUUUGGAAGAUGCAAAACCACUUUCCCCGAUACUCUAAAUGGGGAAAAUAUUGUGAUUCAAACAGAAACACACACACAUAUUUGCCUGUGUUACAGGAAGCAAAUUUCCAGAGGAAAACUCUGAAUGUUCUCAUGGUUCCAAACAUGUUGGCAUGCGUUGUUGUUUGGAAGUGUUGGCUGUGCAGCAGGUAGCUUUGAUAUUAUUUAUUUGUUUGGGUGAAUAAAUGAGCAGCCAACCAAACAUCCAUGCAGGUCUGCAUUCAUCUUUCGUGUAAGUAGCUGAACGCGUUCCAGUUAUUAAAGCACCUAUUUUACUAAGGUCAUAAAAACAGAUGGAGAUGAAGCUCUGAAGGGCUGUUGCACCCGAGCUAUUUCAUUUCAUUUGUGAUGGGGAUGUGCCCCGAUUUCACGAUGUACUUAAUUUGACCCAUGCAAAAUGCCAGGAGAGACGAAGCCGGGGUCUUACUUGCGUUGCGGAGGGUGAUGUCUCAGAGGCAGACCAUACGAUGUGCCGGCAUCAUCGCCAAGAUGUGGUUUGCAUUGAAGGCUCUGAGCGGAGCGAGCCCUCAUUAGCAUGAUUGCAUUUGUGAUCUCCACGCUGUAGCGGAGACAUUAUGUAAAAAGCUGCAAACUCGAGCCAUUUGCAUCGAUGCCUGCCUGGAUCUGGCUGGCUGCAGGAGCAGCGCGGCGUGAACGCUCCCUUGGCUUCCCCAGGUAUUAGCACAGAGUCCCGGUGUCGGGUAAAAAAAUCAACAAAACAAGAAAAAAGCAGCUGGUUUCCCUGGACCGACUGAUAUUUGACAGGAACAGGUUGGAACUUUUCUGGGAGAGUGUUUGUCCUUUGGGAAAUGCUAUUUUGUAGGUGGUUUAUGUAAUUUAAUGAGGUAGCGUAGUGAAUUCAUGGAACAGAAAUUGUCAUAGCAGGGUUUCUGGUCGAGUAUUGCACGGGGUUGUAAUCUUGGAACAGGCACUUUGCAUGGAAACAGUGAUUUUUGCAAUGUUUUGGAGGGGUUGGAAAAAAGGAUUUCAAAUAAAAGUUAAAUUGCUCCACGACAUCAUUUAAAAAAAAUGUCAGUUUAGGCUCGUGCUGUUGUUUGUCUGAGUACCCUUUCAUUCUGAAAUUUCUAUUUAUAUAAUCUGACUAGCCUCCCAAAACAAACCCAAAAUGUAACAAUCUUUCCGCUUACCCAAAUUA